AUGGCGAGGACUAAGCAGACGGCGCGCAAGUCUACCGGAGGCAAGGCUCCGCGUAAGCAGCUUGCGACUAAGGCGGCGCGCAAGGCAGCGCCCGUGACUGCUGGCAUAAAGAAGCCUCACCGAUACCGCCCUGGUACCGUUGCGCUGCGUGAGAUCCGCAAGUUCCAGAAGUCUACGGAGCUGCUGAUCAGGAAGCUUCCUUUCCAGCGUUUGGUGAGGGAGAUCGCGCAGGAUUUUAAGACUGACCUGCGUUUCCAGUCACAGGCUGUGCUUGCGCUGCAGGAGGCUGCGGAGGCAUACCUGGUUGGCCUCUUCGAGGACACCAACCUCUGCGCAAUUCACGCCAAGCGCGUGACCAUCAUGCCCAAGGACAUACAGCUCGCUCGCCGUAUCCGCGGCGAACGCGCGUAA